CUCUGCAGUGACGUCAUUGCCCCGGGCAGGCCAGGGAGGGCGGGACCGUGGGGCUGAGGGGCGGGUCGGAGAGCGCGCUGGUGCUGAUGCAGGAUGGCUGAGCGCGCAGGAGCCCGGGAGGUCUGAGCCGGGCGAGGCUCGCUCCCUGCGUGUCGCCUGGUCUGGCCGCGUGGUCGCAGGCAGUGGGUCUGGGGUGCAGCGCAGGGCCAGGGCGGGGCCGGGGAAGGUAGAUCUGCAGUCGGCGGAGCCGGAGGUGGAUAGACUGCCCACCUACCCGGUCUCCGAGCUGCCGGAGCUGCCCAUCUUCCGAAUUCACGAUGACCUGCUGAGAAGCUUCGUGGAGGCUGCUGGAGGCGGUGCGUUCGCGGCCUCUUUUCUGGUUGUGCCGAGCCCCGGCCCCCCACCCCUGCCCGCGCCCCCUCCCUGCCACUGGCCGACAUGGCGGAUCCAGCUGAAUGCAGCAUCAAAGUGAUGUGCCGGUUCCGGCCCCUCAACGAAGCGGAGAUCCUCCGCGGGGACAAAUUCAUCCCCAAAUUCAAAGGCGAUGAUACCGUGGUAAUCGGGCAAGGGAAGCCAUAUGUCUUCGAUAGAGUGCUGCCCCCCAGCACGACCCAAGAGCAGGUUUACAGUGCGUGUGCAAAGCAAAUUGUCAAAGAUGUUCUUGAAGGUUAUAACGGGACAAUUUUUGCGUAUGGACAGACUUCAUCAGGAAAAACGCACACCAUGGAGGGGAAGCUGCAUGACCCCCAACUCAUGGGGAUCAUCCCAAGGAUCGCACAUGACAUCUUUGACCACAUCUAUUCGAUGGAUGAAAACCUGGAAUUUCACAUCAAGGUUUCCUAUUUUGAGAUCUACUUGGACAAAAUCAGAGAUUUACUCGAUGUAUCCAAGACAAACUUGGCCGUUCAUGAAGAUAAAAACAGAGUCCCGUAUGUAAAGGGGUGCACUGAGCGGUUUGUGUCCAGCCCGGAGGAGGUCAUGGAUGUGAUAGAUGAAGGCAAAGCUAACCGACACGUGGCUGUAACAAACAUGAAUGAACACAGCUCUAGAAGUCACAGUAUCUUCCUGAUUAAUAUUAAACAAGAGAAUGUAGAGACUGAAAAAAAACUCAGUGGGAAGCUUUAUCUAGUUGAUUUGGCUGGGAGCGAAAAGGUCAGCAAAACUGGCGCCGAGGGAGCUGUUCUCGACGAAGCCAAAAAUAUCAAUAAGUCUUUGUCUGCUCUUGGAAACGUGAUCUCUGCCUUGGCGGAAGGGACAAAAACCCACGUGCCCUAUCGGGACAGCAAGAUGACUCGGAUUCUUCAGGACUCCUUGGGUGGGAACUGUAGAACUACCAUAGUUAUUUGCUGUUCUCCUUCUGUCUUCAAUGAAGCUGAGACCAAAUCAACACUGAUGUUUGGACAAAGGGCUAAGACUAUCAAGAAUACAGUCUCUGUGAACCUGGAAUUGACAGCGGAAGAAUGGAAGAAGAAAUAUGAAAAAGAGAAAGAGAAGAACAAGACUUUGAAGAAUGUUAUCCAGCAUCUGGAGAUGGAGCUGAACAGAUGGAGAAACGGAGAAGCUGUGCCUGAGGAUGAACAAGUCAGUGCUAAGGACCAGAAGACCCUGGAGCCCUGUGAUAACACCCCCAUCAUCGACAAUAUUGCUCCUGUUGUGGCCGGUAUCUCUGCAGAGGAGAAGGAGAAGUAUGACGAGGAAUUCUCCAGUCUCUACAGACUGCUGGAUGAUAAGGAUGAUGAAAUUAACCAGCAGAGCCAGCUGGCUGAAAAGCUAAAGCAGCAGAUGUUGGAUCAGGAUGAGCUUUUAGCUUCCACAAGAAGAGACUACGAGAAGAUCCAAGAGGAGCUGACGCGUCUCCAGAUUGAAAAUGAGGCAGCUAAGGAUGAGGUGAAAGAAGUUCUCCAGGCCUUGGAGGAGCUGGCUGUCAAUUACGACCAGAAGUCCCAGGAGGUGGAGGAUAAGACCAGAGCCAACGAGCAGCUGACAGAUGAGCUGGCCCAGAAAACGAGUACACUGACAACCACGCAGAGAGAGCUGAGCCAGCUUCAAGAGCUUAGCAACCACCAGAAAAAGAGAGCUACCGAGAUCCUGAACUUGCUGUUGAAGGAUCUGGGGGAGAUAGGUGGCAUCAUCGGCACCAAUGACGUGAAGACUUUGGCAGAUGUGAAUGGAGUCAUUGAGGAGGAGUUCACCAUGGCCCGUCUGUACAUCAGCAAGAUGAAGUCAGAGGUCAAGUCCCUGGUGAACCGCAGCAAACAGCUUGAGAGUGCCCAGAUGGACUCCAACAGGAAGAUGAACGCCAGCGAGCGGGAGCUGGCGGCCUGCCAGCUGCUCAUAUCCCAGCAUGAAGCCAAGAUCAAAUCCCUGACAGACUAUAUGCAGAACAUGGAACAGAAGAGGAGGCAGCUGGAAGAGUCCCAAGACUCGCUCAGUGAAGAGCUGGCCAAGCUCCGAGCCCAAGAAAAAAUGCACGAAGUCAGCUUCCAGGACAAGGAAAAGGAACAUCUGACACGGCUGCAGGACGCGGAGGAGAUGAAGAAGGCGCUGGAGCAGCAGAUGGAAAGCCACCGGGAGGCCCACCAGAGGCAGCUGUCUCGACUCCGGGAUGAGAUCGAGGAGAAGCAGAGGAUCAUCGACGAGAUUCGGGAUUUGAAUCAGAAACUGCAACUGGAACAAGAGAAGCUCAGUUCUGAUUAUAACAAGCUGAAAAUAGAGGACCAGGAGAGAGAGAUGAAACUGGAAAAGCUCUUACUGCUCAAUGACAAAAGGGAACAAGCCAGGGAGGACCUCAAAGGGCUGGAAGAAACAGUGUCUCGGGAACUGCAGACUCUGCAUAACCUCCGUAAGCUCUUCGUCCAGGAUCUGACUGCUCGGGUGAAAAAAAGUGUGGAGCUGGACAGUGAUGAUGGAGGGGGCAGCGCUGCCCAGAAGCAGAAGAUUUCCUUCCUGGAGAACAACCUGGAGCAGCUCACUAAGGUUCACAAACAGCUGGUCCGGGACAACGCAGACCUGCGCUGUGAGCUUCCCAAGCUGGAGAAGCGGCUGCGCGCCACUGCCGAGCGCGUCAAGGCCCUGGAGAGCGCGCUGAAGGAGGCCAAGGAGAACGCCAUGCGGGACCGCAAGCGCUACCAGCAGGAGGUGGAUCGCAUCAAGGAGGCCGUGCGAGCCAAGAACAUGGCCCGCAGGGCCCACUCAGCCCAGAUUGCCAAGCCCAUCCGCCCAGGACAUUACCCAGCGUCAUCUCCCACGGCUGUUCACGCCAUCCGAGGGGGAGGCGGCGGCUCAUCGAACUCCACUCAUUACCAGAAAUAAAUAAGAAAUAUGACUCCACAUAGCAUGUCAAGGACUAAAUUAAUCACCAAUCCCUUUUUUUCUCCUACACAACUUCCAUCCCCUCUUACACUUGCUUCCCCAGCCCCCUGCAGUACGCCGGUCCAGGCGCUUGAACCGCGUAGAAUUUCUGUGUACAGAUGAGUGCUCGGGCUCCUGUCCUCCCGAGCAGCCAGAAGGGGACGACUGCAGGAGACCCACGACUUCGGGAACUGCUGCUGUGGACUGGGCCUCCCUGCGGCCCCUGGAGCCUCCCCUCUCACACGCCCUCACGUGCCACUCCCGGGGAGGCGACCGAGUGCCGCGGGGCAGUGGUGACGCUCUGCCUCAACGGUCUGGUUUCCUGUAAAAUAAACACUUUAUAUUUUUAGGGAACAAAAAAAGUGCUGCUACAGGGUUCAAAAUUUUCAUUCUGAACACUUUUCCAAAAAAAAAAUAACUCCAAGGAAGCAUUUUGAAUACCCUGGUCUCACCUUUGGAUUUGUAAAAUACACCUUUUAGUAUGGCACCUGUUAAAAUGCAAAGCAAACUUCUUCAAGGCAGAAAAACAACCUGGCAGUAGCAAUGUAGAAUUUCUUCAUUCAAACACAUCUAUGUGAAUGCAAAAAGUCAUAAAAUUCACCUCUGAGCUGCUUGCUAUUGAACUUGCAGCAACUAGUCUCAGCCAGCCCAGUAUGAACGUCACCCCUUCAAAGUGCUAGGAAUGCUGCAAAGUCGGGUGAGUGGAAAUGGGGUUGCCCCCCUCCUCCCUGAUCCUGUUGGAGCUGGCAUCCGGAUGGCCUCCUCCUCCGGCCUCCUUCUCCAGGGAGCCAUCUUAAUCCUGGAGGGGGUAUUGCUGCCGAAAUCCAGGAUCAUUCCUGCAGUUGAAAGAGGAAGCCCUGGGGAGAAAGUAAUUGACAAUUUUUUGUGCCUAUGAAUAAGUUGUUAUUUUAACUCCUCAUUCUGACCGAGUUCUCUCUUUGGCAUCAGAUAGGUACCAUAGUUCUCUGACCAUAAGACACACCUAGGUUUUCGAAGAGGAAAAUAGGGAAAACUUUUUUGAAGCAAAAAAUGUGGUAAAAUAUUUAAUAACAUAAAUAACAUACUAUUUCACCAAUGUAAAUGUAAACAGAAGUCAACAGCAGCAUUAACAACCAUUAUUCCUCCCAAAGUGGAGGGGGGUGUGUCUUAUCGUCCGAAAACAGUAGGUUUCAGCUUCUUAGGCAGUUAGAAGAAAUCAAUAUAGAUGACUUUUUGUAUAUUUAGCUAUUGCUGUAUUCAAAUACAUGAAUCUAAAGCUGAAUCAACUCUUCCUGUUGUGCAUAUUAAAGUGGUGGAGUUUAAGUAGUAAAGUUUUCAGGGAAGCUGACAAAGAUUCAAUUCACUUGGCCUUCUGUGCUGCUACUGCUGUAACAAAUUUGAGGGUAAGUCAGCGACAAGCAAACCAAACUUGGUGAAAGCACCCACCCUCCUAUUGUGCCUGCCCGAGAUGAGCAAGCUGGCACUGUCCCUGCUGCUGUCACCACUGGGAUAGAAUGUAUGUGGGGGAGACACUGGGCUUUCUAGUGGCUGUGUGUGGAUGGAAGAUAGUUCCAGGUGUGUGUGUGUGUGUGAGUGUGUGAGAGAGAGAGGGAGAACAAAGCACUAAGGCCUGAAUUGACCUCCAAACUCUUGUAUAAAAUUCCCUAACAAAGCAGAGCUGUUUUAUUUAUCUGUUAAAUGUUGCACUUUGUUUAUGUGUGUUUCGUUUUGCAGGGAAGUAAGGAGAACAGAGGAUAAAUCCUACUGAAGUAUUUAUUUGGUGAAGAUGACAGUUUUGCAUUUCUUUGCAUUUUUUAGAUUCUUCUGUUUGAUUGUAUGUUGGCACCAGUACUUGUGCAGUAUAAACCGCCCAGUUGCUAGCUGCGGUCUGACAGAAGGGCCUGGCAGGGCAGGUGCUGCAAACCUGAGCAGGUGUGAUACCCGCCAUAGACUCUGACUUGCCUUGAAUUUCAGAAACUAAAACAUGGGUCUUUGAGAAGACUGCCAACUAAUAACUGUCACACCAUUACUGUCUAUUAUGCAACUGUAUUACUUUGUGUUUGGAAAUUGAACAAAGCUCAGUAAUUUCUUUUUGGCUCACUUGCUAAUUUUUUAAGAUUUUUUUCUGAAGUAAUUUUUUUCCUGGGCACCCCUUUUCUAUUUCUAAAGAAUCCCUUGGCCCUUUUAUGUUUCAAAGAAACAGUCACUUGUAGUUCUACAUUUCUUGAUCUCCAUAAGGCACUCACAAAAUUCACUUUACUUUUAUUGACAGAGAAAGUUGGCUUUGAUGUCUCUUAAAGAUACCUCUGCUAGUUGCUGAUCAGCCAGUCAGUUCACCUAGCUUUGAUCUUUAUAGGACCUCUAAACUAAUUUUCCUACACUGUGACUAAUAGGUAGGCAGAUUAUUAGAAUGGAUUAUGCAGUAUAUUCAAAUGGAUCCCUAAGUAUUACUUUGUGUAAUAGCUGAUAUUGAGAUCAUAUACUCUGUGGGCCACUUGUUUAAAAAAGCCACGUUUAUGUGAUUUUAAUUUUUCUAGGCCGUUUCUCCUUUGCACUUGGACUCUAAAUGUAAAAAACCACACAUCUGAAUGGCUAAGCCUAUGGCUGUAUUUUGAUUGUAUGUUGCUGUUGCUAGCGUGUGUGUGUGUGUGUGUGUGUGUGCAGGGGCUUUUCUCCUCUAUGUAAUUGUAUGUUUCACACCUCUUCUUGAAUGUUUACUCUUUGAUUCCAGAAGGGAAUUCCGAAUGGUUUAUACAGAUGCUCUCCUACCUGAAGGAUAGUGGGUUGUUUAAAAUUAGAGGAAUGCUAUUUGAGAUAUCAAGAUUUAUGGUUGGAAACUAAAAUAUAGUGAUGCCAAAUGUGUUUGGUCAGUUACCAGAGACUUCUGUACAAAUGCGUUAUCUCUUCAAAAAUACUGUACAGUGUGCUUUUGUCAAAUGGCAGGUGGUGAGGAGAACAUUAAGUGUAGAUUAAGACUUUUAAAGGAAGUAGUAUCAUGUGAUUAAGAAAUUAGAGUUCAUAGAAAUACUGGGGUAAAUGGAGAAGUGAAAAUGUCUGUCUAGAAUGCAGCAUCUAGUGUACUAUGAAGCCCUAAAUUCAUGUAAGGAACCGAUGCUCCUGCCCAAGGCCAGACCACGCCAUUAGUCCCUGCACAGAGGGACUGAUCGGCUCUCCUUUCCUGCAGGAAUAACUGGAAGCAAAUAAAAGCUCUCAGCGGCCCCCUCUCCCCACUCUCCGAAGUGCACGUCUUUCAGCAGGGCGGGAGACAGACGGACACGGGCUGCGGGGCAUGCUGGGGAAGUUGUCCUUGGCGGGGGCUGGGGGAGGAAACUCCGCUCGCUCCAUUGUCUCACCCUGCGUGUCUCAAGCGAGUUGAAGGAGGCAACACAGUCUACGAUGGCCUCCUUUAACACUGCAGUUUGGACUUUUAUGAAGUGCUGAGCAAGGGCCAGGUCUAUCCCCAAGGAAGUGCUGCUCCACGGAGUCUGCUUACACAUUUACAGAUCGUGUAUCAGUUUCAAAUACUUGCCAUUGUGUGCAGAUGUGAGGGGAAUAGGGCAUUCUGUAGAAUUAUUCCUGUCUAGUUUGUAAAGUAUGUAGUGUGUACUGCCGAUGUGUGUUCUCUGGGCUCUAUGUAUCUGUACAGUAGCUCUCAUUUACAAAGUUGUGGGCAAACUUGUUUUGGUGGUUUGGAGGGGAAAAUGGCAGUUUAUAUCAAGUGGUGAUGCUGUAAUAUAGUACAUGUAACAAAAGAUCAAGAAGUAACCCUCCCCGGCCCAUGGAAAAUUUUGGUUUCUUCUAGGUUCUACAAUGAAGAUGUAUGGAUACUCUGGCAGACUGCAUGUUGUAUAAUUUGAAAAAUACUAAAAGUGGAAAAUAAACUUGACUUAACCUUUG